AUGCCUCCUAGAAAGAGAAAGAGCGGUGGCCUCCUGCCGCGUAAUGAUUUGGGGUCGAAAAAGCAACAGAAACUAAGUCCCGAGAGGCCACAGAAACAAAACAUAUACAUGCCAGAGUCACCAACUAAAAUCCAAUCAGAUGAAUUCUUAUUAUUGUCAAAACCUAAACCCAAAACCAAAAAAAGGGUAUACACUAAAUAUAUCCCACCACUAAAGGAUUCAACGCGUCUACUAAACAAUAAGACCUUUGUUAAACCCAAUUCUAAAGAUGAUAUAUCCCCUGUUUACAAAGUCACAUCCAAACCCAAGGCUAAUUUUUCUGAUGAUGAAAGCAAUGAUUUAGUUAUAAGGAGAGACUUAGCAUUUGAUAUUAAUGAAUAUGAAAGAGGAACAAAACUAGAUGAUUAUGACAGCAUUAAAUUCGACGCUGUUAAAACAGUUAUUGGUGAUAAUGAACGUUCAAUAAUUGCUCUGUUGAAAUUUGUUGUUACAACUGACUUGAAAGAAUUUUCAAUUUUGAAAGAAGGAAAGACUAUUUUCAAAGUAAACCUUUUGAAAGAAGCUCACCAUAUUUGCUUUACUCCAACAAAACUUUUUAUCUUGUUUCAAGAACCACUUGAAAUUGAGGGUAUUGUAUCAAAUUCACUCUUCAUUUAUGUUGGUAAAACCAAUAUGCAAAAUCUAAAUGAAGCUUGGGGACAACUCACCCCGAUUAAAAAAAAUAAAUCGGCUUUAUUUGAUGUCAUGAACUUGCAAGAAUUACAAAGACUUUUGAACAAGUACAGAUUGUUGAAUUUGGCGGCUUUGAAUGGGAACUCCACUACAACGCCCUUGUCCACUCCAAGCAACACAACCAUUAGUACACCAAAAAGUACAUCAAGUUUACAAAAUAAGGCUUUCACAUCCUUGCAGCGGAAAUCAACAAGACUAAAUUCAUUAUCAAGACCUUUACACUCAUUAGGGAAACCUUCCAGAAUCAAUACACCAAAGAAUACAUUGACAAAUACUGCAUCAAAAAUAUUAUUACCAAGUGAACCAAAGAAUUUUUAUGGAUCAAGCCCCUACACUCCAAUCAGACAAACAAGAUCUUGUACGAGAAAUCCUACACCUGAUGCAAAUUUAUCAACUGAAUCAAUAUUAAUUGAUGAUCCUGAUAGACCACCAGCUAGAAGAGGUGCGAAACGUGAAGCUUUCAAACCUUCAUUAGUUUACAGAUUUCAUGAUAAUUCAUCAUACAAGAUUAGAAAUGUUGAUUUUCAAUGUCUUUAUAGAGGUCAAUGGAUUAAUGAUACUUUGAUUGAUUUUUUUCUAAAAAUGUUUGCUGAAGAGACUUUUGAAAAUGGACAGUUUAAAAGAGAUGAUUUACAUAUUUUCACAACUUUCUUCUUUACAAAAUUGAAAAGUACACCACAAUAUUAUGAAAAUAUUGAAAGAUGGGUUUCUAAAAUUGAUUUUUCAAAUAAAAAAUAUAUCAUUCUUCCUAUAAAUGAAAAUUUACAUUGGUAUUGUUCAAUAAUUGUUGGGUUUGAUAAAAUUUUACAAAAAGAUGAUACUAAAUCAAAAUGUGUUAUUUAUGUGUUUGAUUCAUUAAGGCAAGAACACAAGAAUAUUUUAAAACCACUUCGAACAUUUUUGAUAAAUUAUGGUAAAGAUAAGUUUGAUGUUGAAAUUGAUCCAAACAGAAUUCAAUUAAAACCAUCCGCCGUUCCCAAACAACCAAAUUUUAAUGAUUGUGGUGUUCAUGUUAUGUACAAUGUUUACAGAUUCCUUGAAGACCCAGAAACUUGUUUGAAUAUUUGGAAUACUGAAAAUGAUGCUAGUAGACAUGUAUUGUCAAGUUUUUUCAAAAAAAAGGAUAGGGAAGAUAUGAGGGAAAAAUUGAGAAAGAUUUUGAAACGUUUACAGAGUGAACAAGAACAUCGUGAUGAUGAUUCAGAUAAGGAGGAUACAAACGCGGAAGAUGAAGAUGAGGAUGAUAUUGUUUAUAUUGAUGCUGAUGAGUUUAAUGAACUGAAAAAUAAAACAAGAGAGACAAAGGAAAACUCUGCUGAAAGUGAACAAUCGGAAAAUAAAAACGCUUCUGAAGAGCCCAAGUUGAAUCAAGGUGAAGAGGGUGAUAAAUCAAAAACCCCUGAGGAAAAUGAUAAUGAACUACCUGCUGUGGAAAAAGAAGAAAAAGCCCAAGAUGAUGAAGGUGAAAGAUUUUUUUCAAGUCAAGAAGAAAACGAUAAGGAUACUAUUGAACCAGGGAAAGCUGUUGAAGGCUCCCCAGCAGUUAAAAGUCCGAUUGUUGAUACUGAUAGUGCUAAACCACUCAAGGAAGAUCUGAUUGAGAAUGAUACACAAGUAGAUACCCAAGCUGACUCAUAUGACAAAUUCCAAGAUGAUUCUCAAGCUACGUCACAAAAGCAAGAGCAAGUGCAAGAUGAUGAUAUUGUUCAGAUAAAAUCGUUUGAUUCACAAGAGAGUGUAAAAGCAGGUUAUGAAGAAGUACCAGCUACGCAGGAAACUCAAGAGGACCAAAAAAUGGAACAUGAUAAUGAAUUGGAGGUCAGCUCAUUGGACAACGGUAAAAUUUCCACUACACAAGAACAACCAACAACUGAAGACAUCAAGUCAAGUGAACUUAUAGAAGAAUCCCAAGACGUUUCACAAGAUGAUGAAAAGAAAGAUGAGAUAGUGUCAAGUUUGAUUGAAACAUUUGAAGAAAAGAAGGAACCAGAGGAAGAAGUAGUGCAUGAGGCUAAAAUUGAUUCACCAAAACCACCUAGAGAAAGCUCAAUUGAGGUGAAUGAGAAGGCUGUUGAGGUAUUGGAUGAAGAUGAAGAUGAAAAUGGCAAGUCUAAUCAUGUUAAUGAAUCAAGAACCUAUCUCUACAGCGAACCUUCGUCUCCCCUGACUGAUGUUCCUCCUGCUGAAAGUCCAUUACCAGUUGAAGAAAGUGAAGAUGAGGAUAUUAUAAUGAAUGAUGGAGAACAAUCAAUGGACAUUAAGAAAUUUGCUUCAAAAUAUUUUUCACAAAAACAACAAUCUUCAGAUGAAUUUGAUAUGAAUAUACCUGAUUCAUCACAAUCAAAUAAUAAUGAAUCAUUGAGGAAACCUUCAAGGGUCAUACAUAUAAAGCGUGGCAAGUCCAAACUAUCUGACCAUGAACUUAUCGAUGUUGAUAAAGAAUCAUCGGUUGAAAUAGCCAGUUCUGAUGAAGUUUCCACUGGGAAGAACUCUUCAUUCAAUAGAAGUUCUGGUCCAAGAGCUGGUACUGGUCCAAGAAAGCGUGGUGGUCGUGGACAUCGUGGUCGUGGGAACCAUGGCCGUGGUAGAGGAGGCCACAAUGUUGGUCGUGGUGGCUUUGCUGGAAGACAAAGAGUUCAAAAUCCUGAGAGAGAAGUGGUUAAUGUUGAAGAUGAACCAAACGAUAAAGAAGAUUCUACAGAGGGGAGACCAAGUAGAAGAACAAGAUUGAGAGGCCACUGA